AUGGCCGCGCGGGGAUACGAAUUUUAUCUUCGAGUGCUGAAAGUAUGUAAAGUAGAUACUUUCAGCACUCGACGAUAAAAUUCGUAUCCCCAAGCGGCCAUGUAAAUGAUCUGUUUAUUUUAUAGAUACUGAUGAAAUUCCUACAUAAAACACAGUUUUUUUUUUUAUUAAUUUUCGAAGCAGCAAAAUAGUGCAAUUAAAGUGGUCACCUAUCGCAAAAUGCCUGUCACAAAAAUGUUAUGAGACUCGGAUAUAAAAUUAUAGGGGAGAAAUAAAGACAAUAAUACUUAUAUUUUCCUGUUCCAAAAAGUCAAAAUUCUGAUGAAGAAGAGAAACAUUUUGGCUAAUAAUGUUAGUAACCACGGCGACACCAAUAUCCUCACACGUGAAAGAUAAAAAUACUAUCUUCACUGCGCGCGAUGAAGAUAUGAGUUUUUAGUAAAAGGAAAAAUCCUGGUAUUUCAUCAGUAUCUAUAUAAUGAUAUAUAGAUUUAGUCAGGGCUAAAAGCGAGGCUCCCGUUAAUAAAUUUAUAAUUUAAAUCAAACAAUAAACUUGUACUCCACAAUUCAGUUAACUUUAGAGCACAUUCAUGUGACUUUCCAGGGAAAGGCUAAGUGAUUUUAGACAAAAAUAAUUUGCAAACAAUCCCAGAGUCAACCAAAUCUUACAUCGAGUUGAUGGCCUCAUAUGUACACCCAAAAACUGGCAAUCGUCUUCCAUCACAUUUUUUAAGAACCAUAAUGGCCCUUGAUCACCGUGGGUUAAUUAGGCCUGGAAAAAAGUUCCGGCCGAUUUUUUUGCGUUCGACAAGUUUACUUUACAAAAUCUUGCCAACAAAACUGGGUGCAUGUAAACCAACCUUAUGUAUCAUUUAUACAUCACAUCUGAGGUAAAACAGUACUAUGAGGCACAGUUUUUAUCAUGCAGACCUCGGACAACAGAAUACAGUAUUUGACAGUUUUGCAAUACAAAUUGCUAUCAUUCAAUAUUCAGGACGAUCGAAGCACGCGUGGGCUUUAGCUAAACCCCUGGCUAAACCGUUAAAAAAAAUUUCCAAAAUCACUUAUACCGCCAGCCGGUUCUGACUUUUGCAGUGCUAGCUGUGGCGAGUGUUUGAAUGAACAUUAACACAGUUAAGAUCCAAUAUAAUAAAGAAUUUAUUAUGUUUAUUUUUUAUUCUAAAAUGGUUUAACGCGCGGCAUUUUAAGUACUAACUAGUACUCUGGGAAGCGUCGUUCACUGAACGACUGAAAACAAUCGGCACAGCGAUUAAAAUUACAAGAGAGACUACUAAUAAUCAAUAAAAGAAAUAUAAUUCGGUGAAACAUAUACAGAAACGAAAUUUUCAUUCAGGAAGACAAGUACUAAAGUGUCUCUAAAAAUCCUGGGUCUUCGAGCUUUAAAGCUGAAGUUUUUGUUUUGAGCCGGCUUCCCGGUGUUUGCUUUUUUCAAAGACGAACUCGAGGCAAGAAAAUCGCUCAAAGCUUCUUUUACAGCCAGAAUUAUAACUAAAAAUUCUUUGGAACGUGUUCUUUCUAUUUGCGGUGAGAAAAUGUCUAAAGGCUUUUAAUGAUGUGUAUAAGCUUAUAUAAACCUGAUACUCGGUCAGAUAAAUGUCUCAAAUCUUACAAACGUGCGUAAACAAAAUAGCCGCAUAAGCUACGCUCGACUUCAUUAAGUUAAAAAUAAAAAACAAUCAAAUACAAUAAGUACUCAGGUUUACCACUCGAGAUGCAGCUCCUCAAAGGUAUCAAGUAAGGCCAGUAUCGCUUCAGACUUUGAAACACUCUUAUGCAUUGAGCAAGGUGAAAACGAAAACGAUGCCAUCCGAAAUCGGAUUUCCAACUUUGACAAGUGACGUAUUUUCUAACCAAAAACCCAAUAAACAAACUAGCCAUGAAUAACAGAAGACUUCCGAUAGCAGCUGAAUUUCAUUUUGUACAUCCAGUGGAAAAAGAAAGCUAAAAGCAUCACAAGUUGACACAAAACUCUGUCAGCUUCAGCUGUCAAAGUAAACAAGAUUUAAGAUGCUGCCUAAAUUUUCUGCAUGAACUCACCUGUCGAAUUUUGACCAAUCAGAGCAUAAAAAUUGGACGUAGAACGUGACCAACGCGUGAACAUGGUGACAAAAGUCAAAAGCAACUGUCUUCCCCGCCUGUAGCAGCUGACUGAAUUUUCGCGUCCGAGGUCAGUUUGAAAUCAAAAUUUUAAUUGUGCGGCACAUAAACACAACAUAUUUCAUAUGAAUUAAAAGAAAAAUAAACUUGAGCCUGCGAUCACUUGAAAACCAGUACCUUGUCAGCGGAUAACUUCAAAAAAAUACUUGACCUCGAUGGGUCGACACCUGAGCCCACGAUUCGCUCAAGUGAUACUGUUCAGCGGAUACCUUGUUUUGACAGCUGUCAAUUGAUCACAAUUCCUGUGCUCCGAUCCCAAACUAAAAAGUAUAAGAUUGAACACUGUUCGCGAUCUAGUAAAACGAUUAACUGGUCGGCGGACAGCUUCCAAAUAAAUCACGUCACCUCGAUGAGUUGAUACAAGAGCCCGCGAUAUGGUCAUGGGAUACUGGUCAGUGGCUAUCCUGUUUUGACAGCUGUCAAUUGACCAUAUUGUGAAUGUCAUAUAUAAAAGAUGGGGACUUGCCAAGACACGCCUGAGACACUCCCCCCUUCCUUUUGAUAGUCUCCCCUACCCUACCCGUACAAUCUGUAGACGCGUACGUACGUACGUACGUUCGGUCGGUCAGACACGUGACAACCAAGCGAAAAGAGGUUGACCAUAUUCCAUGAGUAUGGGGCUCUGUCCCACGCGCGCUUCGCGCGCGCGGGACCCCCGCUAAAAAGUAAUAUCUUCAUCCCACAAAAAACUAAAAUAUAGUUUGUCCCGCGCAGGCAACAAUUCAGUGACUGUUUCAAGCUUGUUGAGGACGUGCCAUCGCUAUCGGUUGGCCAAUAAAUGUUGUUUAAUGGAUUCGUAUAGAAAUACAUGUUAAUCCCACGUUUCUUGAGAGACACUAAUUUCUUUGUUUUUGUUUGUAUAUUAAUUAUUGGUUCAUCAGAGUUACCACACACAUCCACCAAAAAAGUACCACAUGCAAGUAAGUAUCCUAUGAAGAUUUAAGUAGAACAGUGGUAAAUUUCUGAUUCUACUUCAAUUUAGAGUUCGCUUAAAAACAAAAAAUUUGGUUUCUCCCAGCAGGGGCACCGAGCACCACAGACGCAGAAACAACACCCAAAAGUAAGUUUUUUCAGGAGGCUCAGAUCACAUUAUGAGCUUAGAGGAGGUUAAAAACAAUGGAAAAUUAUAAAACCGUGAGCCCCAAAAGGCUACCGUGGCUAUAGAGGUCCGUUCUCGAAAUACCAAGGAUGAAAUAAACCGUGCUCACGGUUUGAUAAAGCUCCUCAUACGCGAACUAUCGCGAAUUAGACAAGAAAGAAAUAACCUCUGGAGUCCCGGGUACCAAAAAGCUGUCGUUGUCGCGGUCGCUAAAUGAAGAGAGGUGUCGUUUACAAGAGGUUCUAAUUACAGGGUUUGGCCUGGGAACGUUUCAGUGCUUUUGAUACAUAUAAAUUAUAGGUGGUUGGUCACUUACGACAGCACAUGAAGGUUUGGACAGUGUACUUUUUUUUUUGUCAGUUUAUGAUAUCAGUCAGAUAACAGUUAACGUCGAAAUAGGCUUCUCUGAUGUUAUAUUUUCGGGGCUUCUAGUUGGUUGUGUUUGUCCACUUUUAGUAUAACUCCUUAUGUGCCAGGCACCUGAAAUAAUGUGAUUUCCGUUUUGAAUAAACCGUAACGAUGGAGAUCACGGGUUAUUCAUGUCCAUACUGUUAACUGCAAUUUCAUGUCACUUCGAUAAUCCAUCUUGGACAAACAUGAUUUCUCAGUUCAAGCGGAUUGAACUCAUACUGUUACGAUCUUUGUAAAAGUAUCGAUUUCAGUCUCUAAAAGACAGGGCUAGAAUUUCAAACUUCAGAAGCUUGGAAUUAAGCCUUAUUAGAUAGCUGGUUUUUGAGACUUUGCAAUCAGAAGGUAGAAAAAGUACUGAAAACCAUGCAUUUAAGCUCAUUUACAAUUACUUUGAGGAAAUCUGUAUUGAAUGAUUGAAAUAAAGGCCUUGAAUACAAAUUUCCACUUCUCAAAUUCUGGAGUAGUGAUUUCUCCUCCAAUUUUUUUCCAUUUUGUAAGCUAAUUCUCCAAAUGUAAAAUUGUAGAUUUAAGCUUGAAUAUUAUAAGUGAAAUCUUGUUUACUGAGUCUAUUUACAAGUGCUAGAAACUUGGAAUUCAAGAUCAUUUGGUGGAUCAUCUUGCAUUAAAGCUUUUUUAUGCGCAAAAAGCUUAGAUUCAAGACUCCUCACAAAAACGGCUUAGAUUGGAGUUUUCAAAUUAAGGAAACUCAAAUCUCACGUGGUUGAGUAGCAUUCAUUAUUUCAAUGCUUUUUGUGUUUUCAUCUAAUCAUAUACUUGUAUUGGUACAUUGUAAAUGAAAAUUAUCUCGGUUACUCUUCAAGCGUUGUUUCAAAAGGCUUUUAGGUCAACUGGUUGCUCCAUAUUAGAACUUUAAAAAGUAGAUUAAUUGGUUAAAGUAUUUUCUCAAUGAGGGCGAAAAAAAUGCGUGAAUAGACUGUAAUCAGGGUUGUUAUAGGCAAAAUUAAAAGUUUCAGGAUCUAAUGGCUUGUUUGCUCUAACAGUCUAAUGAGAAGGAGCUUCAAUUUAGAGAUUAGAUUGCCAGAUUGAAAAUUAGGAUUUUGGGUUUAAAGAGAUAUUUCGCUUUUGAAACGUUUGGAUAAGUUGUUUCAUCGCUUUAUAGAAGACAGUUAAAAUGUAUUUACUUUGUAGUCAUCUUUACUGAAGAUAUACCUAUUUCCUAUCACUAAUCUUUUUCUUUUCUCAUUGUUUGUAGGGGCGAUGUACAGUGAACCUGAGCAUCGAAGCAUUGUUGUAAUAGAUAUCGAUAAAGAGAUAAUUGACAGGCGUGGCAGCAUGCGGCAAAAAAGCUGUUCAAAAUGAGGAUUCAAAAUUCUCUUCUGAUCCACAUCCUUCGCGUAUAGCUUAGUCCAGUCUUGAGGCGCAAAAAAGAGAGAAGAUUGAGAACGAAAAUGAUUAAAGGGAGACUGCGAAUAUUUACAAAUUCUUACCCUUUCCUUGUUAGCUUAAAAUAGGGCGUAUUGUUUUAUAAGACACACGUGACUCUCCUUCUAAGGUAGCCUGUUCUAGGCUCUCAGAUUGUGGGGAUGACCCAUAUACAUGUAAGUGAAAGGCGCGCGAAAACGAGUUUUGAUGGUAGUGUGCUACUCAAGCAAGAUAUUUCUCAGCUAUCUACUAUAAAGAGUGGAUUUAAACUGGUGCCAUGCAUAACAAGAGAUGGUUUGCAACCAGUACGGAUAGCGUUUCGCUAAAAGUAUCUUGAUUCUGCAUGGGUCACUAAAAAUGCAGAAGGGUGAACGCUGGGCCAUGUCAGCCUGAGAAAACAGCCGACAUUUCGCGACGCCACCACUGGUUUCCCAGCGCGAAAUGACGUCUGAGAAACGACUGCAGAAAUGUUUCACUACCCAGAUGUGGGUAUUGAUUCUGAUUGGUCGAAGCAUGAAGGAAAUUUGCUUCAGCCAAUCAGAAGCACUACUCAGAUCUGUCAUUAGUAUGGGAUUACUGCAAUCAUUUGUCCGACGUCAUUUCGCGGGAAACCCGAUGGUGAGGUCCCGAAAUGACGGCUGUUUGUUCAGACUAGGGAGGUGCAUGUUAUUUACUUGUUGAGCUUAAAAAUAUUUCAUUUACAGUUCUUUGCCUGACUAAGAAAUUAUUUCACUUUUUAUUUUUAUUUUUUGUCAUCGAUAGGAGACAGUUAAAAAUUGCAGUUUGCAGAAUUGACAGUGCGAUGAAGCGGCGUGGUUCACUAAAUCAGCAGCCACUACGCUUUGUGGUUGAUACGCUCAAGCUCGAUGUCAGGUAA